CCCGACGGUGGUUACGGGGUAUGUGGUAUGCAGUUGCAAAACUCUGACCGCAUCGUCACGCGGUGCAACAAAGGCAAGGAUGUCGAUACUACCGUUCACGAUCUCUACUCUGGAUGUGGUUCUAACGGGAUUGAGCUUUCGUCAUCUGCAUUCUAA